ACAAGGAAAGGGACAGGAAAGGAAGAGGACAAAGAAAGAAAAGGGAAAGAACAGGGUAAAGUGAAAAGGGGGCAAAGAACAGGUAGAGAUGAAGACAAGGAAAGAGGGGGGCAAACGAAGGGGCAAAGAAAGGAGAGGGGAAAGGGGUAAAGAAAGGCAUAAAGAAGGGGACAAGGAAACAGGUACAGAAAAAGGGAUAAAGGAGGGGACGAGGAAAACGGGUCCAGGGUUUUUCCCGCCCUUACCGGGACGUCCGGAGGGGCGGCCUUUUCCCGCCCCAUCCUCAGUCUUGAGGAAACGAAACAGCCGUCGGCGAGACCGCCCCCCACUCCCCGUGCCACCUCCUUCCUCGACCACGCCGUUUUCCCUGUGCCGCUGCCGCCGGUGCGCAUGAAGAGCCUCGGGAUGGAGCAGACGCUGCCGCCCUACGAGGUGCUGCCGACGGGGAUGAACAUGGACGAGCUGCCCCGGACGACCACGACCACGGCGGUGACGGUGGAGGAGGAGCAGCCGCCCCCCCGAGACCACCUGGUCUGGUCCCUCUUCACCACCCUGUACGGCAACAUCUGCUGCCUCGGGUUCCUGGCGUUCUUCUUCUCCGUCAAGUCCAGGGACCGCAAAGUGCUGGGUGACCGCAGCGGGGCCCUGAGCUACGGCUCCACGGCCAAGUGCCUGAACAUCACGGCCCUGGUGCUCAACAUCACCGCCGUCGUCAUCGUCAUCAUCGUCCUCGCCGUGGUGUUCAGCGCGGCGAGCCGCUACAACCCAAACAGCUACAGCGAUAACUACGGCAAUUACGGCCGCGGCUAGCCCACUUAGCACCUCCUCGCUCCACUGGCAGCGAGUUCCCCCAGUGCCUGCCAGGAGCUCCACUCACCCCUCAGCGCCAGGGGGUGCCCCCUGGGACCCGCCGGGGUCCUGUCCCGCUUUCCUCGCUGCCCAAAGCUGUUGUUGAGCCCUUGCUGAUGCUGGAAGCGCCCGGGGACCGACACCCUUCCUCAGGUGGGAGCCGAGCACCCCCAAAACGGCCGUGACCUGCUUGCUGCUUUGCUCUGGGUUUGGAGCCCCAGCUGACCCGAAACAAUCCCCGGGAGAAGCACUUUGUUUGGAGAAAACCUGGUUCAAAUAAAGAUUUCUUUCACUUUU